UUUUUUAUCAGGCCGUGGCUGUCGCGCCUUGAGAUCGCCUGAUCUGAGGAGUCACUGGGCAGCCACCCGGCAGGCUGGAGACUGGAGACAAGGAGACAAGAGGAAUCUCCUGCAGAGCGUGGGCGGAGUUGAUCAGUGAGCUCGCCCAUACACAUCGUAGAGUGACCUGCGUCAGACACCAAGACGGGGAACAGCAAGGAUUACACUGCUUUCACCAUGGUUUCUAAUGGCAUCUUUACGUACUGGCCACGUUACAGCCUUAGUUGGCGCCGUCUAGGUAAUGGCAAAACGAACUUGUCCAUUAUGCUACCCACUGGAAAAGAAAAAUGCUCGUCUUCCGCGUCUCCAGCAUCACUCAUGCGCCGGGACAGGCUGCGCAAUGCCUUGCAGAGCCGUUGGCUGAUGUGCAUCGCAACUCGCAGGUACGAGCACGCUCAGUGGAGUUUGAUCCAGGAACAGGGCCAAACGCGUCAACUAGCAACGCAAUUGACCCGUUGCGUUGGUUCUGGUUCCCCGAGUCGUCGGCCAAGAUGUUGCGUACGAAUACGUGCGCAGACGACUCUUCCCCGUCGUGAAAUUGGCUCGUGGACCGCCAUCGACCGCAUUCAGACGGAAUCCGACGAUGAGGUUGUGUGUGUCAAUCGUGUUGUAGACGGGCAGGGAUGUUCUCUCUUUGGAGCCCCAGUGUUUCCUCUUUUCGCAUUAACCAACUGAAGAAUCGCCAACCUUGCCAAGUCCGCCACGCCCCCUACGCGUACUACGCAGAAACCAGAAAAAGCAACUUCACGUCUCUCUCUCUCACAGCGCCAACACACAACGGGCCUUCUUUCCCCCCUGUGGCGCGGCGCUUACAGAUUACCGACUCGGGGUUGGCAGCCAGAACUGGAGACGUUGGAGUUCGUCCUCACUCAAGCAGUGCGGC